UGAUCCUGGUAGUUACUGAUGUGUAAUAUAUUUAAAGUGGGUUUCUUCCGGUUGAUCUUCUUGCUGAAGGCAGUUAGUACAUGACAAGAUUGGAGAUAUGGAGUUGUCUAUGAGGGAAGAGGAAAAAAAAGCAGGGAUCUUGUAGGAUUGUUUGAAGCAUUGUGGAAGGGAUGGGAUCCAGAGGGCAGGUGAUGGGAUUGCUGGAAAAUAUAAUCUGCAGGUUUUCUUCUCUAGAAAGAGAUGAAAAAUGUGUUAAGGAGAUAGAAGGCGGGGGGAUUGUCAGAUUUUGGAAGAAAGUGACCAAUUCAUCAGCAGUCAGAAAGGAGGGUGAAGGAAAAUGUGGAGGGUUAAAAAGUGGAGAUAAAGAUCAAAUGCAGAUGCUUCCAGCUUUCCCUCGUAGACGGAUGUUUUAGCAGAAGUCACAUCAGUGUCUACACACAAGUCCAUUAUCACAUGUGAAUAUAGCAGUAUUUAUUUUCAUUUAUACAGGUAUAACAUAUAUUGAUUAUAUACGUCCAGGUUAAAAUAAUAAAUCCAUGUGUUUGUCUAUACUCAUUGUCUUUUUGUUGGUUUUAGCUAACCUUGGAACAGGGAAAGGCUACAUGAAGUAAUCCGUCAAUUAUAAUUUGCACUGUUAUAAGUGUGUAUUGUGUUUUGUAGAGGUGUUUAUCUUGCUGAAGUGACAGUACACGAACGUCUCGAGUGUACACAAGGAGAAUGAAAGGUUUUGUGGAUGAAUGAAUGUGUAUUUUCACAGUGACAGAUGAUAUUAACACGCUGUUCUGCUUAAACUCGGCUGUGUUUCCUGUCAUUCUCUGUUAACCUGCUGCUCUAAAUGCUAAAGAAACAUCUCAAGAACUCGUUCCGGUCGUGUGUUUGGGCUUAAACUGAUUUGUGAGUGUGUGCGUGUUUGCUGGACUGUGUGUGUUAGCGGUAAUGAGAGAGUGCUUUGAAGAUCUGGACAUUAAGCUUUAUAGUUUUUUCUAAUAUUAGCUCCUGGCGUCUCUCACUCUUCUCAAGUAGCAGGCAGAGAAUUUAGACUCGCUGUAUGACAUCAAGUGUGUGUAUGUGUGUCUUAAUAGACAUUGGGUUAAUAGCAGCACAUGGACAUGGAGCAUCUCAAAGCAGGAGAUGAAGUGAAAAUGGCUGAGGAACAGAGGAACUCUGCCAAGACAAGACAUUUCUUAAAGGAUGUGAUUUUUCAUGGCAAAUUUCAACUGCUGAAUUCUCUGACUCCCGAUGAAAGCUCGCGCUGUCGUUUCGGUCAGUACUUCAACGAUGGAGUGCGGCGCGUGGAUUACGUCCUCACCUACCAGAUCAAAAAGCCAGGCAGCUCGCGUCGUCACUCGUCCCGUCUCACAGACAAUGCGCUCAUGCGCAGCAUGCGCCGGGCACGUGACCCUGAACCGGGCGUCACCGAUCACCAUGACGAUGACAAGCGCUUCCGGCGCGAGGAGUUCGAGAUCAACCUGCGGGAAAUGGGGCUUGAGCUGGAGAGGGACGAAGACACUAAAACCCCUGGCGUGGGCUUUGUGAAGAUUCAUGCUCCAUGGCAUGUUCUUUGUCGAGAAGCAGAGUUCAUGAAGCUCAAGAUGCCAACAAAAAAGGUGUAUGAGGUGAAGCACAGUGGAAGCGUCAUGGAGAAAAUCAAUGCAUUCAUUUAUAAAGUGACGGAUCCUCUACACCCGAACGUGGAGGAGAACCGGAUAGAGAAUGUGAAGCACCUCUCAUACCCGUUCGCCAGAGAGAAACAGCACCUGUUUGAUUUGUUGGACAGGGAUUCGUUUUUCGACAGCAAGACCAGAAGUUCAAUAGUGUUUGAGGUUUUGAAGAGGACAAAAUGCACAAAGUCGAAGUUCAGUAUGGGAAUAACGAGUCUGUUGGGCAGCGGUGCAUAUCUGGCUGCAUAUCCACUACAUGAUGGUGAUAUAGAUGGAGAGAAUGCACAACCAAAUGACAGGAAGCUGCUGUAUGAAGAGUGGGCGAGUUACAGUGUGUUUUAUAAAUACCAACCCAUUGGCCUGAUCAGGAAGUACUUUGGGGAGAAGAUCGGUCUGUACUUUGCCUGGCUGGGAGUUUACACUCAAAUGCUGAUUCCUGCCUCUCUGGUGGGAGUGUUUGUGUUUCUGUAUGGCUGUGUUACCGUUGAUGACGACAUCCCCAGUAUGGAGAUCUGUGAUGGCCGGAGAAACAUCACCAUGUGUCCUCUAUGUGAUGGAGUUUGUGGUUUCUGGAAUCUGAGCACAGCGUGUGGAACAGCAAGAGCCAGUCACCUGUUCGACAAUCCAGCCACCGUCUUCUUCUCCAUCUUCAUGGCCCUGUGGGCUGCGUUCUUCAUGGAGCAUUGGAAGCGGAGGCAGAUGCGUUUGAACUAUGAAUGGGACCUGACAGGAUUUGAGGAGGAGGAGGAUCACCCGAGAGCCGAGUAUGAGUUCAGAGUUGUGCAGAAAUCCCUCAAGAAAGAACAGAAAAAGUCCAAAAAGACUGAGAAAGAGAAGCUGACGUGUAAAGACAGAUGUCCUGCUUAUAUGACAAAUUUAGUGAUGAUGCUUUUAAUGAUUGGGGUGACGUUUGCUAUCGUGUUUGGCGUGAUUUUGUACCGAAUUUCCACCACAUGGGCGCUGCACAUGAGCUCAAACCCGACAACACGCUCUAAUGUUCGUCUCACUGUCAAAGCCACGGCAGCCAUCAUCAACCUGGUGGUCAUCCUCAUCCUGGAUGAGGUGUACGGUGCCGUAGCACGCUGGCUAACGACACUCGAGGUACCAAAAACGGACAAAAGCUUUGAGGAACGACUGAUCUUCAAAACGUUCAUCCUAAAGUUUUUUAAUGCAUUUACUCCAAUUAUAUACAUCGCCUUCUUCAGAGGGAGGCUUGUUGGUCGUCCUGGCAGCUACAUUUAUGUCUUUCAAUCCUACCGCAUGGAGGAGUGUGCGCAUGGUGGUUGUCUGAUGGAGCUUUGCAUUCAGCUCAGUAUCACCAUGUUGGGAAAACAACUAAUUCAGAACAACCUAUUUGAAAUCGGCAUUCCUAAAUUGAAGAAGCUGAUUCGCUACAUUAAGUCAAAACGCAGUGCAUUUCAGGAGGAGGAGCGAGAAAAAACACUGCAGCGCUACGAGACCGACUUUUUCCUUGAACCAUUUUCAGGCCUCACACCAGAGUACAUGGAGAUGAUUAUCCAGUUUGGUUUUGUGACACUGUUUGUGGCGUCAUUUCCAUUGGCGCCACUUUUUGCUCUGCUCAACAACAUCAUUGAAAUCCGUCUUGAUGCUAAAAAGUUCGUAGCAGAGAUCCGGAGGCCUGUGGCAGCGCGAGCAAAAGACAUUGGUAUCUGGUACAACAUUCUCCGAGGUGUGGCCAAAAUUGCAGUUAUUGUCAAUGCCUUUGUCAUCUCCUUCACCUCUGACUUCGUCCCCCGGCUGGUGUAUCAGUACACGUACAGUGCUGAUGGCUCCAUGCAUGGCUUCGUUAAUCACACGCUCUCACACUUCAACGUCAGUCACUUCCAGAAUGGCACAGGGCCUGUCGACUCGCUCUAUGCCGGCUUUCAGGUGGAAAUCUGCAGGUAUAAAGAUUACAGAGAACCUCCAUGGUCAUCAACUCCGUAUCAGGUCUCUAAAGAGUUUUGGGCCGUUUUAGCCGCCAGACUCGCCUUCGUCAUCGUCUUUCAGAACGUAGUGAUGCUGAUGAGUGACAUUGUAGACUGGAUCAUCCCAGACAUCCCUAAAGACAUCAGCAUUCAGAUCCACAAGGAGAAGAUCCUGAUGGUAGAUCUGUUCAUGAAGGAGGAGAAGGGGAAGAAUUUGACCAUUGGAGAUGACAAAGCAAAAGAAAACAACUUGAAACAUAGUCCUGUCCUCCACCCGAGACCUCUCACACACACUCAGAGCAAUUGCUACUAAGGUGUGCACACGGGUUAGUGUGUGUGUGUGUGUGUGUGUGUGUCAUGACAUUCCACAGUUUACUCUUUCGUUGGUCUUUUGGAGGAUUUUGUUCUCUAUAAAUUUUAUUAAUGAAAUUAAUAACCAAUCACAUUUUAUCACAACCACAAUGUGACUUUUAAUUAGUAAGAUGAAUUAAUAAUUGGUCUUUUUUUUUGCAGAGCAAAGUUCUUUUUUGUUUUUAAAGUGCCCUUGUCCACUUCCCCUUGGUUGUAGCCCCUUGUCAGCCAUCUAAAUAGUCAUUAAGGGUUUUUGAUGAGGGAUCAAUGCAACAUCAGUGUAGAGUUUAGGAGCUGUACUACAGAAACAUCCUUAUAAUUUAGUCAUUCAUGUUCAGUAACUCCAUUAUCCUGUGCAGGGUCAUGGUUCAACAUGUGAUAAAACAUCCUUAUAUUAAAUCUUAAAUUAAAAGUUGAUUUGUAAAGAAAUGAAAUUGAAACGACAGAAGGAAAUCAUGUUAUAAUAUAGGAAUCAGAACCUCUUAUUUCUCUUGCAUCUUACCAAGCAACUGCUGAGGUUUACAUAAACAACGUUAAAACAUUAAAGAUACAGUUAAAAAAAAUCUUUUGUGAUGCAGAUCUGGCAACCGUGACCAUAGCACAUACAUCAUAAACAUGUUUGUCACUUUUCACAUGAAACAGAUUGAACAAAAUAAACUUCUGAUAAUUGCUUAAUGUUACAGCUGCCAAAGCUAUCGUUGAUAAGAAGAAUAUAAUACAAAUUUAAAUAACACUUUUGCAUGAAGAUGGUUAUUUUGUAGUGAAAUUACAGUAAAACUAGUAGAAAAAAUAAUCCUCUUUUGUUUUCAACUAACAAACAUCUGAGUAGAGUGAACAUGCACUUACUAAACACUUACUAUUCUGUAAUAACUAAAGUUUAAAGGUUGCCGUGGUUACUGAAGAGGUAAGAUAUCAGAGUUGUUUCCGGAUGUUCCUGUCAUACAGCUCACAAAGUAUAAACUUGUCCUCCAAAAAAGGAGUGAAAAUAAACAGUUCCAAGCCAGGUUCAGAUUAGGGUUUUAUCUCACAUGAUGCUACUGUACUCAGCUAGUGACUUAGCCAUGUUAGCAGAAGUCAGCAAGUGUGAGUUAAAAACGUGAUUAAAGAACAGAGUUGGGUUGUGUGGAAGAGAGAUUCUCCUGGGCUGAAACACACUUUUCAGAAAACUUUUUAGAACAAUAUGAUUAAAAUUCUACUGUAAAUAUUCUAAAUAUUUAUGUUGAUCCAUAAAAUCCAAACUCUAACAGUUCAAAUUAAAUCUUGUUUAAAUGACAAAGUCCUCACUCCAGAUUGAACUAAAGCCAUACUGCAAGUCCGUCAACACUGUGGACCAUGAAACAACUCAUUUCUCUGUUUAUUUCUAUAUAAUCAGAGAUGUUUAAUAUGUAACCACACAGCUGUACACAUCUGCUUUGCCAGUGUAUUGGAGUUUUGAAUGUUGACUUUAGAUUAUAAUUUUUUUUACAGUAAUGAUCCAGAGGCAUAAUAAGUGCCAGAUGUAUGAGUUUCAAACAAGAAAUAUGGCAAUGGUUUUAUUAGACAUUUUUUCUAUAUCAAAAUCAUAAACAGUAUCCAAACAGCUGGUUUCUUUUACAAUAUGGAUCAUAUAUUCAGCCAAGAAUAAAAUGUCCACAAUGUCCCUUCAUCUCCAAUGUAGAGGCAUGGGUAUUGUUUGAAAUUUGCUUUUUACUACAGUGUAUGAGAGUUGUAAUGAAUAGGCAUUGUGUAAAUGUUCAUGCAUAAAUAACACUUAUUUCAUAUAAAAAAUUUGUCUGUAUUACAAGUGAAAUAUGCAGUUAUAUAUUCUUCUAGAUCACUUAUAAAGUACAGAUCCACCAGUGUGAAUUUUGGCAUUUAUUGUAGAUUUUAUCUUGCCUAAAACAUUUUAUGAAAAUAUGACUGUAUUUGAAAAGGUUAGUAAUUUUAUGUAAUGACUGUGAUAGCAUGUAAGGAGUAUGACAGCAUUUUUCUGCAACCACAAACUUUUAGCAUACAUACCUAGAGGAGAAAUGUUUAUAGCCACAUCUAAAGUAAGACUGUUGUAUAAUCGCCUUUGCAAAAUGACUGCACCAAGAUCAGGAGGAAAACUUUCCCCAUUGUCCAAGUGAUUGUUUCUGGCAUGUUUGUCUUGUUUGUGUUUGUGUAGAAGAAUUAAUCAUUAUUUAUGUAUAUUUUUGUUGCUGUUAUGGAAAGGAUGUCAUUAGCAAAUGUUUAUUUAAAUAUUCAUUGACAAAAUUAACACUGAAUUCCACCUUUAGAUUUUAGGCCACACCCUUACUUGAGACUGAUACUGGUAAAGGGACACUGUAGAUCUUUUAUUUUUGCCUAAAAUGUUUAUAAUAAUUCAAUAGUAAUCAUUUAUUUAUAAUUUUAUCUAUACAUUUCUGGCAUCAAAAAGAAAUUCAGCAUCUAUCCUGAAAUAUUCACACCUGUGCAGUGCAGUAAAAUCACACACACUUUCACCUGUUGAAAUGAGGUUUUCAUCCACUUCAGCAAACUGCCUCAGGAGCUCCAGUGAUGAAUGAGGAGUUAUUAUAAAGUUUAUUUUCUUUCUUUCUUUCUUCUUUUUUUUAAAAAAAUUAUGUUUACAUUUAUUUGUCUAUACUGGAUCUGAAGUAGUAAUAACAUUUCUUCCUCUGAUUGCCUUAUCAGAAAAACGCAGUGUAUGUUAGGCCUCUUUUAUAGUACUGUGCAUUUCAUAAUAUCAUACUGCAAUGUAAUGAGAAUUAAUCUUGUAAUUCUAGAAUUCUAUAAUAGACAUGCAAUAGAAACAUUUUUAAAAAAUUACAAAUAAAGCCUAA